AUACACCGUGUAUAGACGGUGUUAGGUGAAAAGUGAACCGCGUCGUGUCUCCUCCGCCACAUCAAGGUCAGCGAAACGAGUCCGGACAAACAGCAACGCAAAGAUGGGUGCCUCUAGCAGUACCAGACGUGUAAUCGUCGAAGAAGACGAAAAAGGCGGUGGAUUUCUAAUUCAGGUUUCGGAUUCCGUUGCCAAGCAGAUUUAUGGCAUCAAGGAAAAACCCAAAGUUACCAAGAGCAAUGAACCACUAAAAAGAAAGGUGAUUGUUGAAGACAAGCGUAAAGCCCCUGCAGUAGAAGCACCACCAGAGAAACCUCAAUUACCGGUACCGAGUUUCCCAGUUAUACCCGUUAUCCCUGCUACUCCUAUUUUACCGCCUUCGCCCACUAUCCCUGUUCCUGGUUCUCCUAAAAAAUCCCCUAUUUCUCCUGUUACUAAACCUGAUUUGCUUUCCAAGGAAAAAGAACAGAAGCCUGUUGACAGUAAAAGCAAGGAAGAGGCUGCUGUGUUGAGCCCUAAAGUGGAAAAACUUGCACCCAAAGAACCUGAAAAGAAAUUGGGUCUUCCAGCAGUGCUGGGUUCUAAGGCAAUCGCACCCAAAGAAUCUGAAAAGAAAGAGUGUGUUUCAACUUCUCCAGUCUUAAGUUCCAAAGUAGAUAAAACUGCCCCUAAAGAUAGUAUCGCGGCAGAACCAGCGGAAAAGACCCCACAGAAAGAAACUGAAAAGAAGGCUAAAGUGGAAGAAGCUGCCAAGGAAAAAAGUACCCCAACGAAAGCAAAAGCAGCAACAACAGCUCCUUCUAUUUCAGAACCAGCUGAAUCUCCAACUCCAAAACCUUCUCCUAAGAAAGUUAUUCCUGGUCCUAAAAUCCCUUCUUCUUCUAUGUUACAACCUUUGAUCCCCAGUCCUGCUGCUCCCAAGAUUGAGGAAAAAGAAAAACCUGUUGAAAGUGAGAGAAAGGAAGAGGCCCCAGUGUUGAGUUCCAAGGUAGAAGAAACCCAACCCACGGAACCUGAGAAGAAAGUGGAUAUUUCGACAAUUCCGGUGUUGGGUUUAAAGGUGGAGGAAACCCUACCAAAAGAACUUGAAAAGAUCGAAGGUAUUUCAGCAACACCAGUAUUGAGUUCCAAGGUGGAGGAAGCCCCACCAAAAGAACUUGAAAAGGUUGAGGGUGUUUCUGUUAUACCAGAAUUGAGUUUGAAGGUGGAAGAAGCUCCACCAAAAGAACUUGAAAAGAUUGAGAGUAUUCCUGUUAUACCAGAAUUAAGUUUGAAGGUGGAGGAAGCCCCACCAAAAGAACUUGAAAAGAUUGAGAGUAUUUCUGUUAUACCAGAAUUGAGUUUGAAGGUGGAGGAUGCCCCACCGAAAGAACUUGAAAAGAUUGAAAGUAUUUCUGCAACCCCAAUAUUGAGUUUGAAGGUGGAGGAAGCCCCACCUAAAGAACUCGAAAAGAUUGAGGUUAUUUCAGCAACCCCAGAAUUGAGUUUGAAGGUGGAGGAAGCCCCACCUAAAGAACUUGAAAAGAUUGAGGUUAUUUCUGUUACACCAGAAUUAAGUUUGAAGGUGGAGGAAGGUCUGCCAAAAGAACUUGAAAAGAUUGAAAGUAUUUCUGCAACCCCAGAAUUGAGUUUGAAGGUGGAGGAAGCCCCACCUAAAGAACUCGAAAAGAUUGAGGUUAUUUCAGCAACACCAGAAUUGAGUUUGAAGGUGGAAGAGGCCCCACCAACAGAACUUGAAAAGAUCGAGGUUAUUUCUGUUACACCAGAAUUAAGUUCAAAAGUAGAAGAAGCUCUGCCAAAAGAACUUGAAAAAGUCGAGGGUAUUUCAGCAGUGCUGAGUCCUGAGGUGGAAACAGUCCUACCCAAUGAAACCAAGCAGGAAGAAAGUGUUUUGGCAAUUCCAGAGGAAAUUGCCCCUAAAGAAGCUGCUGAGAAAGAAAUUAUUCCAGCAGUGGUAUUGGAGAAACUUCCACAGGAAGAAACUGAAAUGGAGAGCAUACCAGCAGCUCUGGCGCUGAGUUCUGAAGAGGAAAAACUCCCACAGAAAGAAGCUGCCAAAGAAGAGAGUAUUUUGGCAGCCCCAGCCCCAGCAGCAGCAGCAGCUGCUCUUUCUGUUCCAGAACCAGCUGAGCCUUCAGUUGAGGAACCUUCUCCUAAGGAAGAUAUUCCUGGUCCUAAAAUUUCUACUUCUUCUAUCGUACAACCUUUGACCCCUACUCCUGCUGCUCCCAAGAUUGAGCCGCCAGAAGUUCUUGCUCCAGCUGUUGAGGCCGAAAGCAAGGAGAAGGAAUUGAUUGCCAUGGAACGAAAUCAUAUUUAUAAACAAAUGAACGAAAUUUAUGUGGAGCGAGAAAAAGCUUUCAGAUCCAUUGAAGAAUUUUACCAAGAUAAAAUGCAAUCUCUGCAACUCCAGAGUACAAAGAUGAAUACUGCCACAAGGCAAGAAUUUGCAAAAGCAGUGGAAGAAGUAGAAAACAAAUUCCUAAAACAUGUUGAGGCUCCUGUCUGCGAAGAUCUCCAGCUGAAGGUAUUGGAAUGCUAUCGCACCAAUCAGUCUCACCCACUUAACUGCUCAGCGGAAGUUCAUGCCUUUGCUACAGCUGUCGACCAAGCAAGACAAAAUGUUAUUCUUGCCAAGAAAGUCUGACCUAAUUCUUGCACCAAUUGAAACAAUAUUCUAAGAAUGCUGGGUAUGGUCAAUGGAAGAUUCCACGGCUGCAGUUCUUCAAAAAGAUUACUUACCAUCAAAGCAGCCGUCCUGCAGAUUACCACCAAACUUAAGACCUUGAAGGGCCGUCUUCCCACUUCCAUUAGAGUUGUUAUGUUUGUCUGUGGCUUGUUCAAAGCUGUUAGAAGAGACGAGACAUUCUUUUAUAUCUUAGUCUUCACAAUUAAUUGUAUUUGGCUUCGUUAAAAGGGAAUGAUUACAAGAGAAUAAAUUAAAAAAAAAGUGCUGUGAUGUGAUCUUUUACACAUUUUCUUAAA